AAAGAUCACAGAUUUCCCAGACUGCAAGAAAAAAUAUGGAAUGUGCUGUGCCACUGACUGAACGUGACCAAAUGAACUGUACUGACAGUAGUUUAAAAACCAGCGGUUAACAUUUUCUUCAGACUUCAGCAUUGUCCAGCACUUUUCAGAGCAGACUCACUGUUUACAAGAACUCUUGGCCUCCCAAAGUUACAACCUCAAAUUUUGUUUAUUUAAAAUAUUUCUGUGAAAGAAAAGUACCCCCAGAGUCCAUCUUCCAAAAUGGCCAUGGAUGGGUAUCUGUGGAUGGUCAUUUUGGGUUUUAUUAUUGCUUUCAUCCUGGCAUUUUCAGUUGGUGCAAAUGACGUGGCCAACUCCUUUGGAACCGCGGUGGGCUCUGGUGUGGUGACCUUGAGACAGGCAUGCAUUUUGGCGUCAAUAUUUGAAACCACUGGCUCUGUCCUAUUGGGAGCGAAAGUAGGAGAGACUAUCCGGAAAGGCAUCAUUGACGUAAACCACUACAACAAGACGGUGGAGACACUGAUGGCUGGGGAAGUGAGUGCCAUGGUCGGUUCAGCUGUUUGGCAGUUGAUCGCAUCGUUCCUGAGGCUCCCGAUCUCAGGGACUCACUGCAUAGUCGGCUCCACCAUAGGAUUCUCACUUGUGGCCAUUGGUACAAAAGGCGUGCAGUGGAUGGAACUGGUCAAGAUUGUUGCCUCCUGGUUUAUAUCCCCGCUCCUCUCUGGCUUCAUGUCUGGUGUGCUGUUUGUACUAAUUAGAAUGUUCAUCUUAACAAAGGAGGACCCUGUUCCGAAUGGUCUGCGGGCACUCCCUCUGUUCUACGCUGCAACUAUUGCAAUAAAUGUCUUUUCCAUCAUGUACACAGGAGCACCAGUGCUGGGUCUGUCGCUGCCUGUGUGGGCCAUAGCGCUCAUUUCCUUCGGCGUCGCUCUGCUCUUCGCCUUCUUUGUGUGGCUGUUCGUGUGUCCAUGGAUGAAGAGGAAAAUAGCAGGCAAAUUAGAAAAGGAGAGCGCUUUGUCCCGCACCUCUGACGAAAGCCUCAGGAAAGUCCAGGAAGCAGAGUCCCCCGUCUUUAAGGAGCUCCCUGGUGCCAAAGCCAGUGAUGACAGCGCUGUCCCCCUCACUAGCCUGGCUGGGGAGGUUGUCGGGGCCUCAGAAGGCACAUCAACAGGGAACCACCCCAGGGUUUCCUAUGGACGGGCACUUUCCAUGACACAUGGCUCUGCCAAGUCACCCAUCUCCAAUGGCACGUUCGGCUUUGAGGGUCACAUGAGGAAUGAUGGUCAUGUUUAUCACACUGUACACAAAGACUCGGGGCUCUACAAAGACUUGCUGCACAAAAUCCAUGUAGACAAGGGCUCUGAGGAGAAGCCAGCUCAGGAAAACAACUACAGGCUGCUUCGGAGGAACAACAGCUACACCUGCUACACGGCGGCGAUCUGUGGCAUGCCAGUGCACACCACCUUCAGAGCCACGGACGCCUCUUCUGCCCCCGAGGACAGUGAGAAGCUAGUGGGCGACACCGUGUCCUAUUCCAAGAAGAGGCUUCGUUACGACAGCUACUCCAGCUACUGCAACGCGGUAGCGGAGGCGGAGAUUGAGGCUGAAGAGGGUGGUGUGGAAAUGAGGCUGGCCUCGGAGCUGGCUGAUCCCGACCAGCCUCACGAGGACCCCACGGAAGAAGAGAAGGAGGAGAAGGACACUGCAGAGGUGCACCUGCUGUUCCACUUCCUACAGGUCCUCACCGCCUGCUUUGGGUCCUUUGCUCACGGUGGCAAUGACGUGAGCAAUGCUAUUGGCCCCCUCGUGGCUCUGUGGCUGAUCUACGAGCAAGGUGGAGUUAUGCAAGAAGCUGCUACUCCAGUCUGGCUGCUCUUCUAUGGAGGAGUCGGGAUUUGUACCGGUCUCUGGGUUUGGGGGAGAAGAGUGAUACAGACCAUGGGGAGGGACCUCACUCCAAUCACACCGUCCAGUGGCUUCACUAUUGAGCUGGCCUCUGCCUUCACCGUGGUGAUCGCCUCCAACAUUGGACUUCCUGUCAGCACCACCCACUGCAAGGUGGGCUCAGUGGUAGCUGUGGGCUGGAUACGCUCCCGGAAGGCUGUGGACUGGCACCUCUUCAGGAACAUAUUUGUGGCGUGGUUCGUGACUGUUCCCGUGGCUGGGUUAUUCAGCGCUGCUAUCAUGGCUCUCCUCAUGUAUGGAAUCCUUCCAUACGUGUGACUGGGUUUCUUCCAGUCGGUAAAUGGCUUUGGAGAUAGUCUAACAUGGGCAUCAGCAUCCACACACACCCCACCCCUACUCUCUGACACAUACACAUCCUCCCACGUACCUUCCCGAUGGUUUCAUGCCACACUGCUUACCCAGGCCACAGAAGUCCAUCUUCCAGAGUUACCCUAACUACUGUACAUAGUGGUACACAUCAAGCUGAUAUCGUGACGACAUACUGUGGUGCAUUUACUUAUAUUAAACAUAUACUGUGUACCUAGCAUAGGUAGCAUCUAUUUCAAACAGACUCAGAAAGUGGAGAGUAUUGCCUAGGAUGCAAUCUUCUGUUAACUGUAUAUAAUGAUUUCAGCGGCAGCAAGUGUAGAUUAUAAAAUCCUUUUUUAAACACACUGUAAUAUAAGUGAGAUGCAGUAUACUUAAUUCAAACUCGGGCAAGUUCUCGGGCCCCUGUGUGAUUGCAUAAUGCUGGGUCAGGUGUUCACAAGUGCUUUCUCUGAAGAAUGUGUUCAUGAGCUGUGUACGAGGUACUGUGUGAUGCAUCACAGUUGCUUCUGUAAAUACUUAAACUGUAACUUUAAUGGUAUGCUUCCCUUAUACUUUUUUGAUUGGAGAAUUUUGGAAAGUACCAAAGAAAUAGGGGAUAAAUUGCCAGUAUUAUAUCUUCAUGUUGUUCGUUUCCCUUCCCACUGGCCACUACAGUGAACCUGGUCUAUCAGCCAGGCAAGCUCGUAACUCAGCCCGAGCAGUGUGUGUGGUUGGAAGCACCAGCCACCCACCAGCAGCAGCCACACCGCUGCCACACCAGGCCCAGGUGGGCUUGUGGCCUUCAUUGUCACCAGCGUGGAUAACUUACAGCAAUGGGGGUGUAUAAUUAAACACUACGUACAUAUCAAGUCCAAUUCCAGUGCCCCUCCCCGUUCUGCCCUGUGGCCUGAAAAGUAGAAUUCAUGCCAUAAACAUCUUGAUGGGCUUGGAUGCUACGAAGCUCAGGGCUGAGCGGGAAUGUUGGACAGGACACUGGGCUUGGGCAUCUUUGAGGCCUUUACUAUGUAGAACAACCGGUUCUCUUCAGAGCCAGUGUUCUCUUCUGACAGUGGGAGAGAGUCAGUGUGACUAAAAUGUUAAGAGCCUGAAACCAUGGAAAUGCUGCUAAUAUUUUUAUAUUGACACACAUUUUCACGGUACUUCAUUGUAAUUUUUUCAUUAAUCAACCAUAUUAAAUUUAUAAUAAAAAAGUACCCCUCAAAACUUUACUCCUGAAGUCUU